AUGGAACGUGAGUUAACCACGACGGGAACAAUCACAAUUGAAUAUAGUGGUUUGGACAGAAACCGGACGAUAUUUUCAAUUUACUCCAAGCCAUAUAGCAAGACAUCUAAAAAACAACUGUUGCGCAAUAUCUCCCAAGUUUUAAGCACAUCCCAAACUUUGCGUAGCUUCGGAGUUCGGCACACAGAGUUGUUUGAUGAAAUAUUUUGUGAUGAAAGCACAACAUCAAAUAACAAUCAAACCUUCUCUUGGCCAAUGACAAAAAUAGGAACUACUGCAGAGAUCCCAUGUCUUGGAAAUGUAGCCACAAGAUACUGUUCUCCCAGAGACUCAGAAAUGGCAUCAAGUCAAUAUAUGACGGCAGUAAAGUGUUCACCGUUUACUGGUAUCUGGAAAGACCCAGACAUGUCACAAUGUAACAAUACAGAUUGGAUCACUCAACGACUGAAGGACAUCGUAAUAAGUAUCGAUACAGGCGACUGUAAUUUAUUUAAAUUUCAUGUUAAAUUUUCCAGCAAACUUCGACAAUAUUUCGGAAGAGAUGUUAAAUAUAUCAAAGAAAUCAAUAUAUUUUCAAAGAAGUUGAUGUUGACUUGGCUAUUGCUGCAUCUUAUACAAGAAAUCCCAGAAAAGAUUCCACUGGAGGAGCAGCAAGUCACAGCUAUCUAUUCUAAUCUUGGUAUUGGUGUUGCCAAAGUGAAAAAUGAUACAUUCGAUGGUCUUUUCUAUGGCGUUUCCUAUGGAACCAAUGAAACAGAACCAAAAACAUGGGUACCAAAAGUUCUCAUGAUUACUCUCUUGUUAACCGUUUGUUCUAAACACCCAAGUUGA